AUGAAGUUUGGCAAGUUUUUGGAAAGCAGACAGCUGGAACUGCCUGAGUACAAUGGCCAUUUCAUCGCGUACAAGUCUUUGAAAAAGCUGAUUAAACAGCUUUCCGUGCCGGUGGCGUUACCAGCGACGGCAACGCCGGGUGCGACAGCGUCGAAGAGCGCCGGGUGCGACGUCGGCUGCGACGUCGCAGCCGACGGAAACGUCUCACCUGUGCCCGACUCGGGCGUUUACCGCGUACUGCAAGAGCACAAGGCGUCGUUUUUCUUCCGACUGGAACGUGAAUUGGAAAAGGUGAACGAAUACUACUUGGGAAAAGAGUCCGACUUGAGAAUCAAAUUCGAUGUUUUACACUCGUGGUACGAGGACGGCGUCAAGCGCGGGAAACUGGCGUCAAAACAAGCCGUUUCGUACCGAAAUUUGCGUGACGGGAUCAAGAAAUUUGAGCGAGAUCUGGCACAUUUAGAGCAAUUUGUUGAAUUGAACCGUACCGGGUUUUCAAAGGUACUGAAAAAAUGGGAUAAGCGGUCCCAUUCUCACACGAAGGACUUCUACCUUGCCACGGUAGUGUCCGUGCAACCGGUGUUCUCUCGUAACGAAAUCUCACGUCUCAACGACGCAGCUCUCGCCAUGCUCAUGGAGCUGAACGAUAUCUCCAGCGACGAGCGGGCUUCGUUCUUCCAUCGCGAUUCUUCGGCUUCUGCCUCGGUGGCGACUUUUGUCGGUCCCGCUGCGCCAGUUCGGCCUGCCUCGCGGCCCGAACUCGAGUGGGCCAGGCCCGAAGCCGUGCGAGACGUAGUGAGAAGCACUGGCUCUGUGUCUGGAUCCAUUUCAGUCGCAUUACCGGCCAGACUCUACGAUAUUGACACGGAAAUCGAAAUUUGGUUUUUGGAACUACUUUCCAUUGCGAAAUUGAAAGACCAACAACCGAGAUUCGACCAUUUACGCAGUUUCGCCGAUCAAAGGGUGCAAUCUUUCGUGGAGACUAAUUUUGGUGAUGAAACUGUGGACAGAACGGUCGUGGUGAGGGACGCGAUCACCAAGAUCUUUACGUUGUUGGUCUCCAGCAGCGUCGACGACGAAUCGGUGUGCGUUUUCAUGCAUCACGCAGUUGCCAACAUCGAUCUUUCGUUGGCGGCCGACGAACACGACAUGGUGUUCGCCCGCAGAAACAUUUUCCAUGAAGCGGCCAUGUGCGCCACGGAAUCGCGGUUAUUUGUUCUGGACGAAGCCCUACGACAAGUUCAAGAAGGUCAAUUGUCGCGCGACGUCCUCAGAAAACUGCUCAACGCUCAGGAUAGCCAUGGUCGUAUCCCACUACACUACGCAAGUGAACUUGGCAAAAUCAGUUUUGUAACGACAUUGAUUCGUGCCAGUCUGCUCGACUCUGUCGACGUUCUUGAUAAUGACUCUAAGACUUCCUUGGUGCUGGCAAUUGGUGCCAACAAAAUCGACGUCUGUAGGGCUUUACUUUUCGAGGCACACGCAGCACCACUACCGAGUUUCGACGAGGACUCAAAGCCACAAUUCAAUCCAUUGAACGUGGCGUGCGCCCAUAACAACUACGACGCGGCAGAUAUGUUACUGAGCCUUGGCCAAGCGGAUCUUAGUACGACACAAGACUCACAAGGUUUAUGUCCGUUACACAUUGUGGCCAAAAACGGUGCCAAUGCGGACUUGGUCAAUUUACUAAUCUCGCAUGGUGCAGAUACCAACGGAGUCGAUGGUUUCAACAAAUGGACUCCGAUUUUUUAUGCCGUUCAAGAAGGACACGCUAGCACCGUUGAGCAACUUCUCAAUAAUGGAGCAAUCAUGGACAUUUACGAUGAUGACAAUUUAUCGCCGUUGUUCCAUGCAUUAUGGGAAGGUCAUCUCGGGGUUAUCAACUUAUUGCGACGUUACGUGUCGCUACCUCAGGGCCAGAUUAAAGAUAAACCACACGUCACCAUCGGCUCUCCUUUUCAAGUAGAUGACGACCUAAGCGCUUCUGGUUCUCUCAUCGAAAUCCCCGAUUUUACUCUACCUCCCCCGAUAAUACCGCUACGGAAAUAUGGCCAUAAUUUCCUUGAAAAGAAGAUAUUUGUUGAAAUCAUUUUAAAAUCAGGUCUCGGAUCCGUCGUGCUCAACAAAGACGACGAAUCUGUUCUGUCAACGCCUGGCAGAAUUACGCUAACGUCAAAUGUGGCAGAUAUAAUUCCGCGUAACGUUAUUUUACCCAUUGACGAAGAUGACGAACGCAUAGUUGUGUUUCAAGUCGAUUCCAUAUCCAACUUUUCAGUCGAUUUCGAGAUUUUUCCAUCCUUUGGCACCCGGCUUAUCGCCAAGACCACCGCGUUACCACAGCUGUUUCAAAGCAAAGAGAUCGAUUCUUCGAACAGAGGUCAGCUAUCUUUAGCUUUAUUCGAUUCUCGUGUCAAAAAUGUCGGUGAAUUGGCAAUCGAUUUUAGAGUCAUAUUCCCCUACGCUGGGAAACCACUUGAAGUGAGCAAAUACGAGACUUAUUGGAAAUCGACCGCUGGCAAUGACAUGGGCAGUUCCAGAAACCAGUUUGUCACUUCUUCUUCUCUCAGUGGCUCCUACUUGAAGCUCUCGGCAGGACCAUCUAAUGAUGGACUGUUGAUAGUGUCAUCAGAACAAACUGUAAAUAUCAAUGGGGCCAAAUUAAAGCUUACCGAUUUGAAUUCUAUCCAGCUUGAACAGCUGUUAGGUUACUCACUAUCGGAUUUACCAGAUAUCCAAAAUGAGCAACAGUUGCUUGAAUUGUUAGAUUCAAGAGUUUUUUACCUGAGUGCAAUACUAGCCAAGUUACCAGCGGACGUACAUUUGGAAAUUGAGGUUCGGUAUCCGACUUGUUGCGAAAUCGAGAGUAUUCCGCUCACAUUGUCUUCAUUGGUCGAUCUUAACAAAUUCAUCGAUGACAUUUUACUUACGCUUUUCACGCAUGUUAGAAGGCUUUUCCGUGAGGGUAAAACCACGUCUAUUGUUUUCACAUCCUGUAAUCCAGAAGUAUGCUCGAUCCUUAACUGGAAACAACCCAAUUUCCCUGUUCUUUUCCAAGUGAGUGGAUGGAGAAGCGUCGGAGACAAAUUUCUGAAGGAUACACCCCACCAUCUAUCGAACUUGUCAUUGGACCCAACGAAAAUCGAUUAUUCUGACCCAUGCGCUCGUUGCAUUCGUGAAGCUACCCAGUUUGCAUGUCACAACAAUUUGCUUGGAAUUGUCAUUCCUUUCAAUUUGUUAAGAAUGAGCAAUGAAUUAAUAAGUCAAAUCCGGGCUCGUGGACUUCUCUUAGUAGGAUCGGUCCCCAAUGAAGACCUUGAAACAAAACUCCAAUGGACAAACUAUGAAAUUAAUGGAUGUAAAACUCGUACUCAACUAGAGAUCAAAGGUGACACUUGA